AUGGUGGACCCGAUCCCCUUCGACAUUAUCCGGCGUGUGGGCGAGGAGCUCCUCGACGCGGGCUCUCAGGGGACCUUGGCCUCGCUCGCGCUCGCAUCGCACGGGGCGUUCGACGCAGUGCACGACGUGCUCUAUGCCCGGUUCGAAAUCACGCCCAAGUCGCUGGCCGCGCUCGACCUGAGUGCUGACGAUGAGACCAAGGAGCGAAGAUUGAGAUGUCUUCGGCAUGUCAAGCAUCUGGCGGUCUCCUGGCUCCCAGACGACUCGGCGCUGAAUCCGCUGCACCGACAACUGAACGCGGGCGUCUUGGUGUUUCCCCGCAUUUCCUCGCUUAGUAUGGGUCCAGUAGCUCUGGACCAGCUGAGGAAGUGGGUCCCAUCUUCGUACAUGACCGACCUCGUCUGUCCCCUUCCUCUACUCCUCGAGUUGCUCGCGCGACACAGCAGUCCGACGCUCUUCUGCGCUUCUUUCCGCCUCUGCCCCUCGGACGACUGGAAGCGACACCAGGAGCUCGCGACACAGGGACAGUACGCCAUGUGUAAGCGGCUCGACGCACUGGGCGAGCGCUGGCCCCUUCAGACGGCGACCUUCCACAAUGUCCUGUUCCAGGUCCCGCCCGCUCUCGACUGUACGAAUCGGUACGAGUUUGCGCCGCACGUCGUCGACGCAGAGUACAAGAGUCUGCGCGAGGUACUGGCUCAACAGGCCAUGGAAGCCCGCCUGCUCCGAGAGAGAACGCAGGCUGCUCUCGCAGCUGGGAACGCAGGUGUUGUCGGGGUCGGCUCCAGGAGUAACAGUGGAGCAGUCACGCCAAGGAGUGACGAUACGCCAGGCGGGUACGCCAGUCCAGCUCGAAGACGGAGUACGGACGAAGAACGCCCGAGUCUGGAUGAGAUCGAGGGAGGAGGAAAGGGCAAGGAGAAGGAGAAGUUCAAGCUUCUCUGGGGACACGAGGCGACGCUCCUCCCCGGUCCGGACUGGAGCAUACGGCCAUGGCAGAUCGCCCUUGCUGUGAAGGGCAAGUUCCCCAGUGGGAGUCGGGAACGACAUAAUGAGACGCUUGAGCGGACGAAAUGGGAGGCCGUCAAUGUUGAAGGGGGGCUGUACCUCCAGGAGAGGGAGGGAGCGGAUGACAGUGGCAUGUGGUGGGACGCAGGCAAUGGGGUCGGCUGGGCCGAGGCCGCGUAUGUGAUCAAGGAGGAUGUGGAGAUGGGUCUUGCGCAGUUCCUGGCCCAGCGUGAGGGGGUCGAUGACGCUCUGCUCGCCGCCAUACGUGCCAAGAUCUCGUAUACCGACGCCAGCAAGGGGAUGGAUUGCGAGUGCUGUGGACGGCCAUGGGGCCAGGCAGACAUCUACGGCCUGGCGGGACUGGUAUCGGAAAUCGUCCCCUGGGAGCGCGGUGUGACCGUACGCUCGAAACCGACCUAG